CAAGCCGCUGCAGGCUGCAGAAAGCAGAAAGCGGGCGGGCGGGUGGAGCAGUGGACUUCAAACAGGGUCAAGGAAGGACCCAAACGGACCAGACUUUUAUAACCUGGUACCUGCUUAAGUUAUUACUGGAGAAUGUGUCGGGCCAGUCACAAUUACUAGCGAGAUAAGCAUCAAUCUCUGCCAGAGUGCUGUGGACUUUGUGUGACUGUGGAUGGAUUGUCUCUGCAGUGAAGCUGGGGACCAGUGAAGCGUUUAGACAACCAGAACAGCCAUGGAUUCAGACAUCAACUAUCAGGAUGGCCCUGUGUUCUCCCGAACAGAGGAGAGCCCAACAGAGGAUGACGAAUCUGUCCACUCACCCUCACGCAUGCAGAACGAGUAUGAGCGAAUUGGGGGCAGAUCAGGAUCCUCGUUUUUACAGACCUUAAUUCAUUUACUGAAAGGAAACAUCGGCACUGGUCUGCUCGGCUUGCCUCUGGCUGUAAAGAAUGCAGGGCUUGUGAUGGGUCCACUGAGUCUCUUGGUGAUGGGCAUUGUAGCUGUACAUUGCAUGAACAUCCUGGUGAAAUGUGCACAUCAUCUAAGCGCUAAGCUUGGCAAACCAUUUCUGACCUACGGGGAGGCGGUAGAAUAUGGAAUGGAGAAUGUAUCUUGGUUGAGGAACCAUUCUCAUUGGGGAAGACGAGUGGUGAAUUUGUUCCUGAUCAUCACUCAGCUGGGCUUCUGCUGUGUGUACUUUGUAUUCCUCAGUGAUAAUGUCAAACAGGUUAUAGAGGCUGCCAACGGGACCACCAUGAACUGCAACACCAACCAGACUGCUGUGAUCGUUCCCAGCUACAACUCUCGUCUCUACAUGCUCUUCAUCCUCCCCUUCAUCAUCCUGCUGGUGUUCACCCGCAACCUUAAAUUCCUGGCCCCUUUCUCCUUCGUGGCCAACGUGGUCAUGAGUGCCAGCCUGAUCCUCAUCUACUACUUCUGCCUAACGCAUAUUCCAAACCCUGUUGACCUACCGAAGGUUGGAAGAGCCGUUGACUACCCACUUUUCUUCGGAACAGCCAUAUUUGCCUUUGAGGGAAUCGGCGUGGUACUUCCACUUGAGAACAAAAUGCAGAAACCUCAAAAAUUCAGUUUGGUCCUGUUCCUCGGAAUGGGCAUUGUCACUAUGCUGUACAUUUCCUUGGGCACCAUUGGUUACGUCACUUUCGGAGAUCACAUCAAGGGGAGCAUCACCCUCAAUUUACCGGACUGCUGGAUGUAUCAGAUAGUGAAGCUUCUGUACUCGUUCGGGAUCUACAUCACGUACGCCCUGCAGUUUUACGUCCCGGCUGAGAUCCUGAUUCCCCUGGCUGUAGAGCGGGUGGACCCCCGGUGGGAGCUGCUAGUGGACCUCAGCAUCCGUGUGGGUCUCGUCAUCUUCACAUGUGCGCUGGCCAUACUGAUUCCAGAGCUGGACCUCGUGAUCUCCUUGGUAGGGUCAGUCAGCAGCAGUGCCCUUGCGCUGAUCUUGCCUCCUCUCCUCCAAGUUGUCACCUUCCACUCAGAGGGCCUCUCAGGCUGGAUAGUGCUCAAGAACAUCAUCAUCAGUGUUUUUGGCCUGGUGGGCUUUGUGGCUGGGACCUACAUCUCCAUCGUGGAGAUCAUCUCGCGCCACCGUGCCAGGCAGAUUGAUGCCUACUUUCAGGUCAUGUGAUGGCGACCCUAUUAAUCAAAAGGUUUAUAGACUGGUUGAGCCAUUCGCUCACUAUAUGGCCCAUCAAUUUUAAUUUAAUUAUACUUGAGAUUAUCUUAGUCAACACAAGAAUGACCUUGGCUUCUUUAGAGAGGAACUACUGACCUUGCGUGGCUUGGUUAUGGACAAACCACAGUGAAUAACUGAUUCACUGAAUGCCCCUGAAAUAGCAUUAUUUUAACUUUGGGUUUUUACUUGUGUUUUAUAUAUGUGCAUGUCUUUUAUUGAAUAUAGUUCACCGGAUUUUAAUGUAGUCAUGGCACAAUGUUACAUCUGCAGACUAUUUAUUAGUUUAUUUUCAAGCCCAGUACUCAAGACAUUUCCCACAAAGUACUGCAGCUCAUAAAGAAUGAUGCUGAGUUAGUUUAGUUUAAUAGCAUCCAAAAGGCUCUUGUACUUAUAAAGGAAUCAUAUCAUUACAUUUGUGUUUAUCUUUCAACGUUUCUUUGUCUUUUACAAUUCAUGUGGUACUUAUUCUAGACAUAUACAGUUUAUGUGCUAUUUCAAUUUCAUUAUGUACAAAGUGGCCUUGUUUUAUGUAUUUUUGCUUAAAAGGGAAUUCCACAGAUUUUUCAAAAUUUCUGCAUUAUUCAGUUUUGGAAUAUAAGCAAAGUUCUUCAGAGUGAUU